UGAACACAGUGAUUUAUCAUCAUGGGAGUUUUCGAGUUCUUUAAGGAAUUUUUUCUGGGGUUCUGGGAUUAUGAGACCCCGAAGAUUAUGAUAGUGAAGAACAGGAGACUGGGGGUCAUCUACAGAUCUGUACAGCUUCUGGUCAUCACAUACUUCAUCUGGUAUGUGUUCAUCAGCCAGAAGGCUUAUCAGGAAACUGAGGACCGUCCAGAAAGUUCCGUCUACACUGAGAUGAGAGGAGUGGCCAUCCUAGGAGACAGCGUACGGGACACGACCGAGUACGCCAAGCCUUCUGAGGGUGGUGAUGUCAUUAGUACGAUACUGAGGAGGGAGGUGACACACAAUCAAAGACAGGGCACCUGUGCUGAGCAUUUCAGCAUCCCAGAUGCAAACUGCACAUCAGAUGCUGACUGCAUCCCGGGUGAACUGGACUUUGACAGCCACGGUCAGAGAACAGGUCACUGUGUGCCUUACUACAACUACACCUUUAAAACCUGCGAGAUCAGGACCUGGUGUCCGAUCGAGGAGAGCGCUGCAGAGAUAGAGCCACCUCUGGAAGAAGCCAUCAACUUCACCGUCUUCAUCAGGAACUCCAUCCACUUCCCAAAGUUCAAAGUGCUCAGGGUGAACAUCAAACCAAGGAAGCCGAAGAAGCUCAUGCGGUGUCAUUACCACCCCGAGACCAACCCCUACUGCCCCGUGUUCAGACUGGGCUACAUCGCCGAUCAGGCCCGAGAGAAGUUCAGCGAACUCUGCAAAACUGGCGGAGUGAUCGGAGCUUUUAUCAACUGGAACUGCGACUUCGACGUCGAUCCGUCGGAAUGCGUUCCUACUUACUCGUUCCGCAGGUUGGACCUCAGGAAGACACUGACCAGCUCGGGUUACCACUACAGGUUUGCUAAGUACUACUACAAGAACGGGGUGGAGUACAGAUCACUUAUAAAAGCGUUCGGGAUUCGUCUGGACGUCAUCGUACACGGCCAUGCAGGAAAAUUUAGCCUCAUCCCAACCAUCAUCAAUGCGGUCACUGCCAUGACCUCAGUGGGAAUAUGCUCCAUCAUCUGCGAUUGGAUCAUGUUGACGUUUAUCGAUAAGAACGAGGUUUACAGUGGAAAGAAGUUUGAUGACGUUACGAAGAACCCCAGCCCACCGGUCGUCACAGAGAUCACUCUCACCAGCUAUGGCUCCACCCACUCUGACCUCUCAGACGGCGUGCCACUGUGAAGCUCCGCCCCUUAACCCCGGUCUGCCGAGAUGAGCGUUUUUUUCUUUUCCAACAUAAAGGACUUGUGGGGGGGGGGAUAAAGCGAAGGCGACGGACGCACAGUCUGGAGACGCCUUCAAGCUGAACCGCAAAGAGACUUCUGCUUCGACUUUCAGAAUCUACAUAUGAGCUAAAAUACUGACUAAUAAUCUGGCUGUUAUGUGGAUGACUCCUCAGCCCUCAUGUUAAUCUGAUGUACAUGUAGAAUAUUAGGCAUAUAUUGUAAAUAAAAGCCAAAUCUA